UUUUGUUGUUUGAUGUUUUUCGAAAAAAUAAUUAAAAAAUUUUGGAUUUUUUUAAAAAACAAAACGAAAAAAUGAUAAAUUCAAUGGAUGAUUUAUCACGUUUAAUGAAUAUAUCGGAUGAAACAACACCAUUAGGUGUAUUUCUUGUUAAAUCGGAUAGUACUGAAGAGAAAUUAUUAUUUCGUUUUCCUUAUGUGGUUAUUGAUGAACCAAUACAAUCAAUACAAUAUAAUCAAAAUCAUUAUGCAUUAAUUUUACCAUCAAAUGAUCAAACAUCAACAACAACAACAACAACAAAUACAAUUAUCAAUGAUAAUAAUCGUAAUAAAGUGUCAAAUAUUUUAAAUGAUCAUCAUUCACAUCAUCAACAACAACAAACAUCCGCAUCAUCAUCAUUAUUACCUGCUUAUACUGAAUUAACAUCAGGUUCAUCAAGUAUAAAUAUUGAUUUAAAUGAUAAAAUUGAAAUAACCAAAGUUAUUGGUGGUUUAACCGAUUCCGCUUUUUCGAAUCUAUUCGGUACGGUAAAACAUCGUUUAUGUGAUCAAAAAUUUGAAUUAAAAGUGGAUAAUGUACGUUUUGUUGGUCAUCCAACAAUGCUCGUUGAUAAACAUUGUUUUCAUGUUGUAUUUGCAUUGAAAGCUAAUGCACAACAUGAUUUAGUUAAAUCAUAUCAUGAAUUAAGUCAACAUUUAGCAAUAUUAUUAAAAUCUGAAGAACGUCGAUGUAAAUAUUUUUCCAAACAAAGUAAAAUAAUGAUUUCAUGUCAUGAUGAAAUUAGUGUACCAUCAUUAACAGGUGAUCAUCAUUUAAGUGGUGGUGGUGAUAAAUCAACGACAACAACAACGGCUACACCAUCAACACCUUCAACGACAACAAAAAUAUCACCAUAUAAAUUAAUAUUAGAUCGAAGUCAGCUGGCAAAUGAAUUGAAAGAAAUAUUCCUGCAAUUAUGUAACGAAGGAAUUGUACAGAUAAAAAUGAAUCAAUGGAUUAAUUUGAAUUUUUGCCUUCCACAAAAAGUACAUCGUCGUUUAAUGGCAUCAUUAUCACCAGUAGCACCACCAAUAACACCGGCAAAUAUCCAACUUUGUUUGAAAAAACUUCGUCCAUAUCAUACAUUUUUAUUAUUGAUUGAAAUGGAACAUUUGUUACAAUCUCUGCCACAAGAUGUUUCGCCAUCAUUCGUACGGUUAAUACGUGUAUCGAAUCCAUUAAAAAAUUUGCUAGAAUUAUCAGCCGAUGCUGAUAUAACAUUAUCACAAGUUUUCAAUAUUGUUGCUGAACUUAUUUAUUGGGGUAAAGCAACAAUAAUAUUUCCAUUAUGUGAAUCAAAUCAUUAUAUGUUACAUCCAACAGCAACAACUGCCAUUGAUUCUCGUUUAAUCGAUGAAUUUCAACAACAAUUUUCAAAUGAAUCAUUACUGAGAAUUAUGUCCAAAUUUUCAUUAGGUGUUUCGCUAAGUCAAUUUAAAAAUCCAAUGAAUACUAUUGAUCAAGAAUGUAAAUUUGUUCGGAUGAUUGUUUGGAUGUUACGUAAACGUUUAUUACUUCAAUUACAUAUGUAUGUAUUAUUUGUUCCACUUUCGAAUGAAAUAUCAUCGAUGGCCAACAGUGGUUCAUCGAUAAUCAGUCAUAAUCAAAAUCAACCGUUACGCAGUAAUGAAUCGAUCAUUGAUGAUCAAAUAUCGAUAUCGACAACAGAUGGUAAUGGUCAUUCUUGCCAUACAAGUGAUAGUUGUUCACCACCACCAAUAUCGGCUAGUCCUGUUUCUUCCUCGAAUAUGAUUCGAAUGGAUAUUAUAAAAGAAUUGAAUGAAACAUCACCAUCGACGAUGAUAAAUGUUAAUCAACAAUCACCACCAGCGCCACCUGUACCACCACCAUCUUUAAUUGUUACAAAUCAUCAUUUACAGCCGGAAAUUCUUAUUACCAAUGAUCAACCACCAUCAACAACAACAUUCAAAGAAUCAUCUGAAUUAAUCCUGAAAUCAUCCACACGAUUAACCGAUGAUGAAAUUGAACAGAUAUUAUCCAUAGUACCAGCAGCAAAUAAUUUAGAUGAUAUACGUUUAUUUGUAAAAUUAUUACCAUAUUUUGAUGGCCAUCAUCAUAUUGAAGAUAUUAUGUAUUAUGAAAAUCUUCGUCGUAGUCAUAUAUUAACAUUGAUUGAUAAAUUUCGUAAUGUAUUGAUUGUUUGUCAAUAUGAAGAUACAACUGUUGCUGAAUUAUUACCAUAUAAUACAUUAUGAAAGUGAUUUUUUGACUUUUUCGUUGUUUGACGUUUUAAAUAAAAUUAUAUAUUAAUAAAUUAUCAUUGAUUUUGUUGUUUGUAAAUAUUAAAAGCAUACCUAACCCUUUGGAAUAAUAAAAAAAAUUAUAAGUAGAAUGUGUGUAAGAGAGAGAAUGCAGACUAGUUAUAAGGAAUAUAAAAU